AUGGCAUCAAGCAUGUCCAUGGAAUGGGACAGAAAUCACACCUCUGUGUCCACCUUUGUUCUCCUGGGACUCUCAGAUGGAAAAGAGAUACAGCUUCUCCUCUUCCCAAUUUUCUUAGGGAUCUACCUUAUGACCCUCAUCUGGAACCUGGGUCUCAUCAUCCUAAUCAGGAUGGACUCCCACCUCCACACACCUAUGUACUUUUUUCUAAGUUUCUUGUCAUUUUUAGACAUCUGCUAUUCUUCUUCCAACAGCCCAAGAAUGCUUUCAGACUUCUUAAAGGAUGAAAAAACAAUUUCCUUCAUUUCCUGUGCCACCCAGUAUUUUUCUGGGUGCUGGAUGGGUCAAGCUGAGUGCUGCCUCUUGGCCGCCAUGGCCUAUGACAGAUAUGUUGCUAUUGGUAGUCCUCUGCAGUACUCAGCCAUCAUGGCUCCCGGCCUCUGUCAGAAGAUGGUUGCUGGGGCCUAUGGGAGUGGUUUCCUUGGCAGCUUAGUUCAAACAGUUUCUUGCUUUCAUCUCUACUAUUGUGGGCCCAAUAUCAUUCAAAAUUUCUACUGUGAUGUAACCCAGAUUAUUUCCUUGUCUUGUUCUGAUGCCUAUAUCAGCCAAAUGAUUCUGUUUCUGGAAUCUAUUUUUGUUGGGUUUGGUUCCUUCUGUGUUAUCAUCUUAUCCUAUGCAUUCAUUGUAGCUUCCAUCCUGAAACUAUCCUCCAUCAAAGGUAGUGCUAAAGCCUUCAAUACCUGUGCCUCCCACCUGGUAGUUGUGACAAUAUUCUAUGGCACAAGCCUCUUUAUGUACCUGCAUCCUAGCUCUAACCACUCCAAGAUGCAGAACAAGGUGUUGUGUGUGUUCUAUAUUAUCCUAAUUCCCAUGUUAAACCCUCUUAUCUAUAGUUUGAGGAACAAGGAGAUCAAAGAGGCCCUCAAGAGGAUGGCAAAGACAGCAACACAUUUAUCUCAGUAA